AUGGCGACCCCAUCAGCAAAACCGGGUGCAACUCCCACUCAUCUCACCUCAUCGCCUCACCCAACCUCCGCGCCUCUCUCCCGAUCCAUCGCUCACAAAUCGCCUUCAAUGAGAACCCCGACGGCUUCUGGCCCAGGAUUGAAUCAGCCGCCAAGCACCUCGUCGCACCAGUAUACCACGCCUCUUGCAGUGACAAACACGGUGGAUGAUCCCGUCAACUUCAGCUCACCUUCAGCGCUCCUAGCGCUUGGCGGUUACGCUGGAAUCAGUCCUUCGCCUGCUGUGCAUGAUAGCUUGGUUGGCACCAGCAUGAACGAGAAUGAUAUUCAGAACCUGGGCAUGCAAGGCCUGAAGCUUGGGGUCGCAAGGGAUAGCGACGAGGAACAGAGGCAUCGCAUCGAGGAAGUUGUUCGGAGUCUUCGCACCCGCGUCGCAGGGAGAGGGGUUUCUCGGGACGGCAUAGAGCGACUGAGUCGCUUAGAAGGCCUUGAACGUCUAUGGCAGGAUGACAACAUCAACAUCGCAGGGAACUUUGUUGACUUAGAGAUCGAAUUCCACGCUGGCAAUGACGUUGUUAAAGAAGUGAACUUACAAUAUGCGACACCAGAACACAGCGAGGGUGGGCGGCGCGAAGCUGCUACUUUGGUCCUGAAACGAAAUCUUAUACAAUCCCUCCAGGACGCCGAAUCAGGGAAAUGGAGAUCGCUCGGACCGUUUUACAAAAAUCUGCAGUGGCUGGCCAAGCUGGACAAGCUCAGCCAGGAGGUGAAUUGCUUUGAGGCACUGGAAGGUCUUGAGGAUAAUCUAAAGCGCAUCUGGGUGGAAGAAAACAAGGAUGGACAGCACGGAGGUGAUCAUGAACAUCUCUGCAAUGGGGUAAUUGGUCGCCCGACGAUGCAUAAGGGCACCCGGGUUGGACUAGGCCUGGAAUACUGGGUUGAGCAAGCGAAGCUACUGGAUUCGAACAAUGCCACAUCUGCCGAUUCAAUGGCAGUAGACCACCCGCAAGAGACAGAUCCAGAAGUGGAAGAUCAACAGAAAACAUGGACUGUCAUGAUAGAAUGUGAAGAAGGAUACCCAUCCCUACGCAUUUCGAAAGAAUGGAUCGGAAGCGAGAUCUUUGGACCCAGAGAGCGCAGUGAACCGUUACCCUCGAUUGGAUCUGCGGAGUCGGUGAACUGGCUUGAGCCUCCUCAGACCAUGCGCUUGCCACAAAGUGACCAUCCCGAUUCCAUGGCUCUCGAUUCAAAUAUGAUGGGGCAUUCACCCCCCCAAUCGUCGAUUUGUCGCCAAUUCCAGGACCAGCGACGGACUCUUCGGCUCAGCUUGGUCGAAGAAAGCACAAAACUUCCAUCCAAGCACCCGAUUCAGCGGACAAAUCGCCGUACAAUUUCCGAACUCCCCUUUUCUCAUCCUCGGCAGCUCGCCGAAAUUUUGCCAGUCCUCCGCCAAUACGCUUUGCUCGCCAGCAUUAUACGACGAGCCUUUAAUUCCCCUCUGUGCCAAGACAAGAAAUCGAAGCCGCAAAAAACCGUGUCCUUCAAAUCUUCCAUACCUACAGACCCCAUUGCGGAAUUACUUUCUCAAAACGAUGGAUUCACCAUCCUGAGUAAUGAGGACCCCAACGAAGAUAGAUUGAACUUUCUCUUGGGCGAUGGGUUUGAAAGUGGCACCGACUGCGCCACCAAUGGCGCUCAAUCUAGUGAUCAUACAGAUGAUGGUAUCAAUGUGGACAUUACAUUACGCACACAACUCGGACAAGCGCCGGCUGUCAUGCUUUUCAUCACUGAUUCCAGCCGGGUCUCGGAUCGGACUCAGCAUGAUGACCCGCUAAUAUCAAUUUGUUUCGAGGUCGGUCUUAAUGGUCGUAUAUCCACGGUGGACAGCUCAGGACUUGUGCAAGGCAAAGCACACCAUUACAAUGGUGACUCAGAGAUGCACGGGGCAGACGAUUCUGGAUCCGAUUCGGAACUGCAGAAUGUCCACAAGAAGAUCGCCAGGGUCCUAGAGAUCUCGCAGGAUAUCGGCAUUCUGGUGGAGUGGGUCCUGCGUUGGCAGCGGCAGCGGGCCGUCAGCGGCUGA